AAAAAUUCACAAAAAAUGGGAAAUCCAGAUGGUGGUGAUUUUAAUGAAAACGAUAGCAUAAUGUCAACAGAGCACCUGCAAAAUAAAUACGACCAGGAGCAGGAAGAACUGCACUUGAAGAAAUUUAAUACUCCGGCCUACAGAGAAAUUCGUACGCGAAAAAAUGGUCUCAAGGCUAAUACCAUGAGCAAUGGUUUCAAGAAAACCACAAAUGGAUUCUAUAAUAUCGCCCCAAAUUCCAGCACCGAAUAUGGCGCCAAAUCAAAACCAUCUGCUGCUGAUGGUAUCCUGCCACCAGCCGAAGAGCAUUAUCAGAAAACCUCAUUCGAGGAAGUUCCUCUUCGCACCGCCUGCCUUACAUAUUUAGGAUUCUAUUUGCUCAUGAUCUUGGGCUAUUUGAAUCAGUUGUUAUUUGUACCAAAAGUGGCCAAGGAGAAAAAUCGUGAUGGCUAUGUCAGCCUUUACGAUGCCUUUGAAAGUUUCUAUUCACGUUAUGUGUAUCGGAGAAUACGAGAUUGUUGGAAUCGUCCCAUAUGCAGUGUACCCGGCGCUGAGUUGACACUAAAAGAUCGUAUCACCCCCGACUAUGGUUGGUCAUUUGAAUUCACGGGCACCGAGACGAGGUGUCUCAAUUUGGGAUCAUACAAUUAUUUGGGCUUUGCUGCUGCCACUGGCCCCUGUGCCGACAAUUCGGAGAAGACAUGCCGCGAUUUGGGUUUGGCUUUGUGUAGUCCCCGUGUCGAAUUGGGCACCACCCAGCUACAUCUUGAUUUGGAAAAGUUGACAGCCCGUUAUUUGGGUGUUGAAGAUGCCAUUGUAUUUGGUAUGGGCUUUGCAACAAAUGCCUUAAAUUUACCUUCCCUGCUAUCGCCAGGCUGUCUCGUAUUGAGUGAUGAAAAGAAUCACGCUUCAAUUAUUUUGGGUAUACGUUUGUCCGGUGCCACCACAAAGGUGUUCAAACACAACAACAUGAAGGAUUUGGAAAGGGUUUUGCGACAGAGCGUAGUAUAUGGCAAUCCCAAGAAUGGUGGUAAACCAUGGAAGAAGAUUUUAAUUAUUUGUGAAGGUGUGUACAGUAUGGAGGGUAGCAUUUGCCGUCUACCCGAAAUAAUUGCCCUAAAAAAGAAAUACAAGGCCUAUUUGUAUUUGGAUGAGGCUCACAGUAUUGGUGCCUUGGGACCCAAUGGUGGUGGUGUUGUGGACUAUUUUAAUUGUGAUCCCAAGGAUGUUGAUAUUCUUAUGGGUACAUUUACAAAAAGUUUUGGUAGUGCUGGUGGCUAUAUUGCCGGAUCAAAGAAAUUGGUUGAUUUCUUACGCACAAACAGUCAUGCACAUUGUUAUGCUGCCACAAUGUCUCCCCCUGUGGCCCAGCAAAUUUACACAUCGAUGAGCAUUAUUAUGGGCGUUGAUGGCAGUGAUCUCGGCCGGCGGAAAAUCAAUCAAUUGGCUCGUAAUACCCGCUAUUUCCGUAGACGUUUGGCUCAAAUGGGUGUCAUCACAUAUGGUCAUGAAGAUUCGCCUGUUGUGCCUAUGUUGGUGUAUCUUUUCUCCAAAAUUGGAGCUGUUGUACGUACCUUAACUACCCGCAAUAUAGCUGUCGUUGGUGUUGGUUUCCCAGCCACACCCAUUAUGGAGGGACGUAUUCGCUAUUGUCUGUCAGCGGCACACACCAAAGAACAAUUGGACUAUGCUCUAGAUGUGAUUGAUGAAAUUAGCGAUAAUUUAGGUCUGAAAUAUUCACGUAAACCUAGAGAUCCUAAACCCAUAGAGUAUUGA